AUGAAUAAUUUCGAAAAUAUUCUCAACCAACCAUUUGGAAUCAAAAUCGUUGAACCUGUUCUAAUAAAUUGUUUGCGUCGAGUUACUUAUGAAGACACCAAAAAGUGGGUAAAAAUUGUCUCAGACGAUGUGACAUUAAAAUACAGUGACAUGAUAAGUGCUGCUAAAAGAUCUUUUAAUAUUGAUGAGUCGGUGACUGUUGAUUUACGUGAUAAGGAGGGAACAAUAAUUGAUGAAGAAGUUUUUGAACUGUUUGCUAGCAACAGUUUUACCAUCACGACGAAAAAUCCAGCUCCAAAAUCAACGGCAAAAACUAAUGAUGGAGCCAGUUCUAGUAGUUAUAGUGAUGAUGAUUCCGAAAUACCAGUAAAAAAAGUCAAGUUGAAUAAAUUUGAUUUACGUCAAGUUUUGGAAAAGUCUCUAACUCCACAAAGUCGAAUAACUUUGAUUCAAUUGUGUGUGGAUGCUCUGAAAGAGGCCUAUGGAAAAUAUCCUUCAAAAGAACACAAAAUACUCUAUGCAAAAGAAAUUAUUCUCGUUUUUCCAAAUUUAAAAGACAAAUAUUCUUUGGAAGGCUGGGAAGCGUACUAUGAUGUGGAAACCCGUGGUGGAUUUUUAGGCAAUCGCCUCAAAAACAGUAACAGAGAAGAGAAUAAAUCACUUAAGAAGGUAAACUGUGAAACUGCGGAUACUGUUGGUGCUGUUAAUACUCCUGACACUGGUAAUACUGUUGAUGAAACUAAUCAAUCAAAUGAAAAAACUCGAUGCUACAGUUCUGAAGAAGUUGAAAUGAACAAAGUGUUUCUACAAAAUGCUGAUUGUACGAAACAAAGAAAUGAGAUCAAACAAGCUAUGAAAAUUACUUUAGAAGACAGAAGAAAAAACUGUGCUGAGAUUUUCUCGUUAUAUCCUCGGUUUUUGGAUAUUCCAUAUCUUAUUGAUUUAGAAUUCAGUUUACUUUUUCAAGAGCUUGAAAUUAAAGAAUUCUGUCCUUCUAAAAUUUUUCUUGAAGCCGAAAAACAUAAAAUAGAAUUUAAAGCAAAUGAACAGUCAGCACCUGAAGAAGUCGGGAAACCGAUGAAACGUUGUGAAAAUUUAACAUAA